ACAAAAUCAACCAAGCAGAAAAUAAAAUCAAAAUAAUUCACAAAUGGAAGUUGGUAUACUUUUCAUGCUUUCCUUAUCAACACUUUUUCUCUCAGGGUCUCACUCAGCAACAUUCACAAUCACAAACAAUUGUCCAUUUACAAUAUGGCCAGCUACACUAACUGGAGGUGGAGGCUCACAAUCAUCUUCAACCGGUUUUGAGCUAUCAUCCAAAGCUUCCAACACUCUCAACAUCCCUUCUCCUUGGUCAGGUAGAUUCUGGGCAAGAUCUCAAUGUUCAACAGAUGCAACAGGCAAAUUUGUUUGUGCUACUGGUGAUUGUGGAUCUGGUCAAAUACCAUGCAAUGGUGCUGGUGGAACCCCUCCAGUUUCAUUGGUAGAACUCACUCUUGCAUCAAAUAAUGGACAAGAUUUCUAUGAUGUUAGUCUUGUUGAUGGUUUCAAUCUACCGGUUUCGAUAACGCCGCAAGGUGGUUCCGGGGAUUGUAAAGCAAGUAGUUGCCCUAAUGAUGUGAACAAAGUUUGUCCUCCAAAUUUUGCAGUUGAUGGGUCAGAUGGAGGUGUGAUUGGUUGCAAGAGUGCUUGUUUGGCUUUGAACCAACCUGAGUAUUGUUGUACUGGAUCAUAUGCUUCACCUGAUAAGUGUCCACCAAAUACCUAUUCAAUGAUUUUUAAGAAUCAAUGUCCUCAAGCUUAUAGUUAUGCAUAUGAUGAUAAAUCUAGCACUUUUACUUGCUCUGGUGGUGCAAACUAUUCCAUCACAUUUUGCCCUUGAAACAAUAUGUCAGAUACCAUAGCUAGAUAUAAAUUCUACAUAUGGAAUAUAUUGUAAGAUUGGAAGUAGAUCAAGUCCACGAAAUCUUUAUAAUGAAAAAAAAUUAUU